AAUAAGUUUGACACUAUUGACAGAAACAUCUUUUAUGGAAUAUUUUUAAAGAAAUACCUAUUUAUAUAAAGUAAAACUCGUAAAAGUGAAAUAAAUUCGGUUCAAGGUUUUUCCUGUAUUUUAUAAAUUAUUCUGUCAAAGUAACAACUUUGUAGUAUAGUGUGCUGUAAGGAAGACUUAAUAAUUUAAUAUGACUCAAGUAAUAGCUUUAGAAGAAGUGAAAAAACACAGAAGUAAAAGUAGUGUUUGGAUAAUUAUUCACAACGACAUUUACGAUGUUUCGAAGUUUUUAGAAGAGCACCCUGGCGGUGAAGAUGCUCUGUUGGAAUAUGCUGGUAAAGAUGGUACACAAGGGUUUGAAGAUGUGGGUCAUAGUGAUGAUGCAAGAGAACUUUUAAAAAAAUUUAAAAUUGGCACCCUGUCACCCGACGAGAGGACUAAAGAUCUGACACAGUACUCGAAUCUAAAAUGGGCGUUGCUUGCUCUUGCAGGAGCGUUAGUCCUGGGGAUCGUUUUGAAGAAAUAUUUGGGAAGCAAAUAGUUGCGUUUUCCUUUAUAUCGGUCCACAGUAUUUAAAAAAAAAGUUAGCAUUUAGCUAAUGUAGUGACUAGUAUUUCCAGAAUAAAAUUCCUCGAAAUGCGACUGUUU